GCACACCAUUUCUUCUUACCUUGGCUAGACCAGAACGACAUUCGGUGCCAGGAGCAUUCAGCCCCUGGUAGGGGUUGCCAUGUCACGACCGACUACAACGCUCCUCCUGCUCGGUCUUCACCUCAUCGGAUCACCCAUCCGAGUACUCGGCGCCAAACUCAGACUUGUCAAUGCGAUUUACAGCGGCCCGGACAAUCAUCUUUCACUCUUAGAAUGGAUCCCCGAUCACGGCUAUAACGAAGAGGUGGCCCCCAGGCCAGUGAAAAUCAGCUUCGAGCACGAGGACUUCGACCCUGAGAUACACGACUGUUUUCCUAAUGAGUCAAGUGCUCAACAAGCUUUCGAUAAGGUCUCCGAACAUUGCGUCGAGCUGGCCACAGUGAACGGCAAUGACUUUCGAUCCAAACCGGUCGUGCCUUACGAAGACGGUGUCUACACCUUCCCGCUCACUCAUAGAAACCAAACCGUCAGAGCCCCGGUGUUCUACAUUGACGUCGAUGUCCCCGUCUCAACAGCCCAGCCAACCACAACUCCAACGACAUCACCGUCAUCUGAGCAGUCACCCGAAGCAACUUCAGACUCAAAAAAUGACAUGAGCGACUCUGCAAAGGCCGGGAUAGCAAUCGGAGCCAUCCUCCUCGGCCUUCUCAUCUUCGGCAUGUUCGCAUGGGACUACAUACGAACAAAACAAAAAAAACAAAGGGCAAGGGCCGCCGCCGAUAAAGGAGAUGAUCACUCUGAACCAUCUGAAUUGAAACAACCAGAGGAAAAGCAGGUGGAAUUGGGACAGCCAGAGCAAAGGGUCGAGCUAACCGGAGGAGUCCGGGAGGAAAGAGCCGAGCUGGCGGCUGAGACUGAUGUUCACGAGUUGGACGUUACACCACAGCGGUGGAAGGAGGAUGAAAUUGACAGCAAGGACUGGAUGAAAAAUCAAAUGGAACAUAUGUAUGGCGUUGAAUAUCCAUCUCCCUCCGCCGGUCUUUCACCCCAAGACAUGAAGAUGCACUUUCCUUGAGCUUCCGCCGCCCAGAGGGUUACCGCUCAAUCCUGCUUGUCGUGGUUUUGGUGGAAAUUCGUUGGACAGGGGAGUGCUUCCUGCGAACGACGGCAUGAGACUCAGGCGGUUACCACUUACUUCCGGUCAAGGUGUGCCUAUGGUGCAGGUGGCAAACUGCAAGGGAAGUGCACACAACCACAGUCUUCCACUGCUUGGGUAUUUAAACCCGGCCGGCCCUUGGGAGUCCAGUCUUUUUCCACCUCAUCAAUCAUCCCAUCAUUGGAUCAAUUUCACUUCCCGCCAACUCACCUCAAGCAUCGCCA